UAUAUAUACACACCAGCAGUGUUGAUUUAACACUAGGGAUUUUGCUGUGAACACUAAACCAUUUCUUAAAAUAUCUUCUUUUGUGUACCACAGAAGAAAGUCAAUUAGGCUACAUGUUUUAAACAACACAAGCGUCAUUAACCCUUUAAAACAUAUAUUAAACUUUUGCUGGCUGAUUAUCUUGCAACAUUAACACAAGUUUUUUUUCCUCUUUUAGAUUGACUGCAAUGCAGUCAAUAGUAUGUCAGAUGAACAGCUUUUGAGAAUUGUCCCCAGAUUUGGAGACCGGAUAGCAAUAAGACAGUACUGCAAAAGAGAAGUAGCUGCAUUAGAAGGAAACAGCACUACAUUGUCUAAAGCCACAGAAAACCUCAUGUCAAAAUUGCAAGAAAAGCGGGCCUUCAAGAGAAAGCAUGGUGAUAAUCGUUCAGAAAAACUCAGUGGAAACUCAAAUGCCCAAAAAACAGAGCGAAGUUACCAAAUGGGACUGUUUGAAGAGAUCCGUGGCUCCUUUAUCCAGAUCAAAGAAAAGCGUGGUGGUGGAACCAGGCAUCUAAAAUCUUUGAAGAGUGCUACCAUGGCAGAACUGUUAGAGUGUGGCAAGGAGCUGUUCUUUCCAAAUGGGAAAAAUAAACUAGGAGAUAUAACUGAAUUUGAGUUGAAAUUGAGAGACUUCACAGAAGAAGAACUACACCCGCAGACAACAUUAGGUGAACAAUAUGAACUGAGGAAGGUAAAGAUGCUGAGACUGUAUCUAUCUUGCAAGAGGAUAGACACAACUCCAAGUACAAGCAAAAACACAGUAGAUGAAUUUGCAGCUGAACAAGGUCCUUCUACAUCUGCUGAGGCAUGUGAAUGUGAGGAAGAACUUGUUGUCAUAACUGAGAACAACAGUUCCAUAACUGAUUCACCUUUGUUGUCGGACAACAGUGUAAUGUUGAUUGAACCAGGGACUAUGAAUGUAAUACAAAGCUCAAUUUUAGUUGAUGAAGAAAUUCAGUUUGGAUAUGCAGUUUUAGAAGACGGUAUGCUUGAUGACACUCUACCAAUGGACCCCACUGAAAUAGUGCAAGACAAGUUACAAACCACAAAGUUAAGACUUCGCAGGGGAAACAUUUUCCAAGAUCUUAAUGGAGCUUUUACGGAUGGCUUAGUAUCUGUCAAUGAUUGUCUUGUAGAAAUUGAGAUGGUCCUACCUAAUGGUAGCACAGAGAAAGGAGAAGACAAUGGUGGAAUUUUUAGAGAUGCAUUGAGUGAGUAUUGGGGUACAUUUAUCAUGAAAUGUACAUCAACACACUAAAAGUACCCAUGACAAGGCAUGAUAUGAAAGAUGAAUGGGAAAAUGUAGCUAAAGUGAUGGUUCUUGGUUAUAACACUGUCCAAUACUUUCCCAUUGUGCUGGCCAAGCCUUUUCUGUGUUAUUGUCUUGGACUUAACAUUGAGGAGGAUGAGCUCUUUACAGCCUUUCUGGAGAUAGUUUCUCCAGAGGAAAAGCAGCUUGUUGAAGAAGCAAUGAGAGACUUUACAUCUGUCUCUGAAAGAGAAGAAUGGGUUGAAUUCUUGGAAGCUCAUGAUGUGAAACUUUUUAUCACUGAGAAUAAUGUCAAGCAGAUCUUACUUGAUGUCGCACACAAAGAAAUUGUGCAAGAUCCAGCUUACAUAGCAGAAUGUUGGAGUCUGGUGUUAAAAAAACUAAAGCUACCUCCAGGGGGACUAAAUGAAUUGAUGAUGAGCCUCACUCCAACAGCAAGAAAAGUUAUAGGCAUAUUACAACAUGAAACACUCAAUAACAGAGAAUGCCAGAUUAUGGAUUAUCUAAAGAGGUUCAUCAAGCACUGUAGUGAUGUUCGGCUCAGGAAAUUUCUGCGUUUCUGCACAGGAGCUGACCUCCUUGUUGCAAGGUUUAUUCAUGUCCGAUUUGUGCAGCCACAAAGUUCCUUCACAAGAUCUCCCCAGUCCCACACCUGUGGAUGUGUGUUAGAAGUUCCAAACAAUUAUACUUCAUACCCUGAGCUUGCAGAGGAGUUCAUAAAUAUCCUUGAUGCAAACAUAUGGGUGAUGGAUAUUGUGUAAAGGUGAUCAGACAGUAUGUGCAGCAGGAUAUGACUGUUUCUUUGUCUCAUUCACAGUCUCCAUCUCACACUCAGUUUCCUGACAUAAACGUAUUUUUGUUGUUAUUUUUGUUAUCCU